GUAUUAGUUAUAUAAUCAACUAGUCUAUAUCUCAAAUAAUAAGGAAAACAACAGGACAAUUAAGUUAUCUUUAAUCUGAUAUGUAAGUAUAUCAACAAAAAUGGAUUCCAACGACUUCACUUAUUGGGGUAAACAAAUGAUUGAUUUUAUAUCAAAUUAUUUACAAACUAUACGUCAAUAUCCUGUUUUACCAAAUGUGGAACCUGGUUAUUUAAAACAUUUAAUACCUAAUCAACCACCUGAACAAUCAGAUACAUGGAUGAAUAUAUUUGACGAUGUGAAAAAGUUUAUUUUACCCGGUCUGACUCACUGGCAACAUCCUCAAUUUCAUGCUUAUUUUCCGGCAGCGAAUUCAGUACCAUCAAUCAUGGCUGAUAUGUUAUCUACGGCACUAGGUUGUAAUGGAUUUUCAUGGGUUGCAAGCCCUGCAAUUACAGAAUUGGAAAUCUUGAUGUGUGACUGGAUUGGAAAGCUUUUAAAUCUACCUGAUACAUUUUUACACAGUAGCGGAAUCGGUGGAGGUGUAAUACAAUCGUCGGCAAGUGAUUGUAUAUUUGUAUCAAUGUUAGCUGCUCGUCAUCAAGCAAUUGAGCGUUAUAAACAUCUUUUAAAAAUGAUCAGUGAUUUAGACCCUGAAAUAAUAGUUCUCUCCAAACUUGUGGCAUAUGCAUCCACGUUAGCUCAUUCAGCUGUAGAAAAGGCUAGUGUGCUUGGUUUUGUAAAGUUACGACGUUUACCGGUCGAUGAAAACUUUAGUGUUCGGGGUGAAACUUUACAACGUGCUAUUAAAGAAGACAAGUCUAUGGGACUUAUUCCAUUCUAUAUGUGUGCAACACUCGGAACAACAUCAUGUUGUUCAUUCGACCAUUUAAAAUCUAUUGGACAAGUAUGUCGUGAAAACGAUAUCUGGUUACAUGUGGACGCUGCAUAUGCUGGGAAUGCUUUUAUAUGUCCGGAGUUCAGGCACUACUUAGAUGGAAUUGAGGAUGUUUGGUCCAUCAACAUCAAUCCAAACAAGUGGAUGCUAGUCAGUCAUGAUUGCAGUCUUAUGUGGGUACGUGAUUCGAAAGCCCUCACUAAGAGCAUGAUUGUCAAUCCGUCAUAUUUGCAACAUAAACAUAACACGCUUGAUUUGCGGCAUUGGGGAAUUCCUUUAAGUCGAAGAUUUAGAGCGCUUAAAUUAUGGUUUGUUGUUCGAAUAUAUGGAGCAACAGGUUUGAGGAAUUAUAUUAGAUCACAUGUACAACUUGCAAAAUAUUUUGUGAAUAAGGUGAAAACAAAUAGCGCUUAUGAAAUUGUUGGUAAUCCAGUUAUGGGACUUAUAUGUUUCAGAUUAAAGGGAUCCAAUGAAUUGACUCGAUGUUUAGUCCAUCUUAUUAAUAAGAGCCGGGAAAUACAUAUUGUACCCUCGAUGGCCAGAGAUAUCUACUUUAUUCGAUUUUCUAUAAAUUAUGAAAAGGCCCGUAUCGAAGAUAUUGAUUAUUCGUGGUCGGUGAUUGAAACAUCCCGAAAAAUACUAACCACUCAAGUGAGUAUUGCUUUAUUUUUAAAUGAACGUAAUUAAGGAAUAACUUUUGAAAGGUCUCAAGUUCUCUCUAGACACAAAACACUUGCCUAUCAACUUUAGUAAAACUGUGAUGAACGAGAACACAAGUGGGGAUGACCGAAAAUACUUGAAUACACAAGUAUGGAAUUUCUUCGUCAAAUGUGAAAACCAUAUGUUCAAUACUUCAUUUGCAGACUGUCCAUCAGUUGUAUCAAGCAUCAUCCUACCUUCAUAUCCAUAACACCUACUCUCUGUUCCCGUUCCCAACCUUCUACCGCCAAGCAUUUCAUUUCUAACAGGUGUUAUAUACCACUUAUGUCAACACUAGUAUCACAUACCACAAAACUAUAUCAGUAGAGUAAGUUAAAUAAGAGCUUGUCAAAUAAAAGAACCUCUGCUUUCUAUGUUGAUAGAAUUUCUGGUUGAAUGUCUAUUGCUAAAGUAUAUACAAGUAAAUACGAGCUCCAUAGGCUCAUUAAUUAAUGAUUACAACAGAGAUUAAUGUCAGCAUCAAAGGACACCUCUUCUUCUAGUAUCAAUGACAAGACUAGUUUCAACAGUACACUGUCCGUUUUAUUCUGUAAGAAACCUGUCAGUAAGCAUGCAACCGAAGAAUUGUCCUAUUAGAAUAGAAACUAAACAAGCUGUAGAGACAAAUAACUCAAAACAGUCAAGUCGGACGAAUCACUAUGAACGAUGAAUUUAUUAUUUUCAAUAUUGGCUAAACGUGAUAUACUAUUUUUAUGAAAACUAAGGGAUUUUAUAAACGGAAUUAAAUCGUGAGGAAAAAUGUGAAAUAAUAACAAGAGUGAAGGUCUGGGGGAAGAUGCUGAAGGGAUUAAUUUCUUCUAGCUAAGUUCCCAAUUAUCGACUACAAUUAUAAAAUGGACCUAAGCCAUUUUAACCCUUUUCUCAGACAAACAGACAAUAUCUUCAAAUAUUGAUUUCGUCUUGAUUUGACAGUACCUAACAUUCUCUUAACUUACUCUUCUGUUAUCACUGUAUUUCGGAGUAGGCAGCGAAUCAAUAUACAUAACACUCGUUGUAACCAUACCAAUUGAUGAAGGUUCAUAACGCUAAUAGAUUUCUCAUUCUUAAAUUACAGUCUACGUUUUAAAAUCAAUGUUACUCUUCUAGAGAUUUCAAAUUAAACAAGUAAGGCUUUAAAGCAAUCUGUGAUAAAAUGUUAACAGUCUAGGCAUAUCCGUUACCUCCAUCAGCCAAGUUACAUAGCCGGUAGAUACCUCGUCCAUCGAUUAAAUCAGGGAGUAUUUUUAAAGAUGAAGCUAACUUGUUGAUUUGGUCAGCUGGAAUUUGAUCAUACAAGACGUUUUGAAGGAAAAUUUGAAUCAGUAGUUUGUGCUACUUAAAUAAACUCCACCAACAUAUUUUCGAAGAAAAGCAAGAAUAAACUUAUAAUAACUGAAUAGACCAUAAUCAGUCCUUAUGUUAACAUUCAUGGAAAACUUUUGACAGAUGAUCCUGCUAUGUUUGAAGAGAUUACUAAUUCACCUAGUCUAAGAACGGAAUGAACAAUUAGCGACUCAAUGACAAAAUAAACUAUUUCAAUGCGUCCCAGCAUCACUAACUACAGAGUGAAGUCCAGCUUCAGAAAAGAGAAAUGUAUUCCACGAGCAGCAAAAAGUAUGAACAACACACACAAACACAAUUAAAGCAUAGACAUACAGCAUAAAAGUGUCCUUUGGAAAAGUCACAAAAUAGCAUAUUGAAAGAGAUAAUGAACCAAUGACAUUUAGGGUCUUUUCAAGUGGGAAUGUUAUAGCGACAUGAGGGUUAGAAUGGGGGCUUUUGGUGCGAAAACAAAAAAUUCAGAUUUCCAAAAUAAAAUUGCAAAAAUAAGGUGUUUACCAAGUGAGUUCUGGGGAUCUAACAUCCCCAAAACCUCUCCUUUUAAUAGAGUACGUUCCUGGGGUCCACAUACAUCUUGACCCUCUGUCGCCAUUGUCGGAGUGACCACCUUCUGGAUCGUAAACCGACUUGUUGUAUUUCUUCCUGUGUAGGGACUUCAGGUAGACUAAAAGUAUCUAACGGGAUAUCGAACGGUAGAUUUCCUUCUGUCACUGGGCGAAGUGGGGCUAGCCGCUUACGUAUCUGGUUUCGAUGUUGAGUCUACCUGUCCCUUCCCGCCUUUAUCUGAUAUAUGACCUAGCCUAGCCUUGCGACCACACGUGCUUCAGUCCAAGGACCAUGAUUUGGUCUGUAGUCCCGAGCGAACACCGGACAUCCAGCCUCGUACGUUGGCAGCUUCUGAGACUUGUUUAUAUUGGUGAUACGCCAAGUAAUAAAUGUCAGUGCUACUGAGUGCUUUGCUUUUUACAGGCCUCUAGUAAACUUUUUUAAUAUUUUGUGGUUAAAAAUGGUACAUUAAUUGCCAGAAAGUUAUUAUUUAUCUUUAUCAAUCGAUGACAAAUUUUUCAUUAUAGCAUUUCUAUAAACAACAUCUAUCU